AUGGAGUUUAGCAAAUCAAUUAUUCUUCUCUUCCUUGCUUCUUCCUUUCUCUUAUCUACCGAUGCUCAUCGCAUGGCCUCCGGUCCGUCUUCGAAUUCUCCUCAGUCUCCAAUCAAACCCCGCCAUCCGAAAGUAUGCAAGAAAUUAGUUUCUCCCCAUCUCGAUCUUCCCAUUAAAUUACCAACUAUCAUCAAUCCAGUCCUUAAAAACAUAUGCGGUGUCACGGAAAAUUCCACAAACUGCAUUGCCCUAAUUUUUCCAUGCAUUACUGGCUCUACAAAUCCAUUUUCUGCAUUAGAGGCAGUGAUUGUAUCCUUGAUCGAACACGUAGAACACACGCUCUCUUUCUCGCUAAAAUUAGUUAAAAACAAGUCUACGAAAGCCGAGAUCGUCACUGCCCUAAAUCUAAGCACAGAGAUUUACGUAAAGGUCAUUGAAGAUCUUAAAAAAGCUUUGGCUGCAUUUAAAGCUCAAGACAAUGUUACUGUCCGAACUAUGCUUGUUGCUGCUAUUACCGAAGUUGGUCGUUGUGAUGAAGCUUUUCAGCAACACGGAUUAACCAAGACAUGGCCGUUGUUUAAGAUUGAUCAUAUGUUGACACAGCUGGCUGGAUUUGGUUUGGAUAUUCAUGGAAAGUUUAUCAUAAAAGUUGAUUAA